ACUCUCUAUUUUUAUUGGUUCUUAUUUAAUAACUUAACUGUUUCAAUUGGCGUUGUUAUAUGCAAGCAACGCCGGUUUGGAUUAAUAUAUAUUUUAAAUGUUCAUCAAAGUGUCAAAGCAUUUAUUUUUGUUUAAUAAGAUAUUGUGUUGAUACUUUCGUUUUAGUUAUUGAGUAUUCGAUAUUCGUUAAGUGAUAUAUGGUACAAAUCAUGAAUAAUCUCGAUUUAAGUCAAUUAUCAGAUAUAUCUAUUAUAUCUCGAAUUUCACGAAGUUCGCAAUUAAUGGGUAGAUUAGAUUCAAUUUUACUUUCCAACGAGCUAGAUCAUCACUCUAGUCUUAUUCAAAGUAGUAAAGCUACAACUACACCGGAACAAGAUCAUACUGAUCUUAGGGAUUCUACGAAAUUAUUGAUUGAUUGUCAGAAUAGCAUCAGUGAACAUGCAAAAGUACAGUUGAUUUAUAAAUGUUUAGAGGAAAUAUGUUUAAAUAAAAAUAUUGCAUUACCAGAUGAAACUAAAGACAAAUUAAAAGGAUUCUUACAAUCAUUUGAAAUAAAUAAAAUAAAAGACAUUUCGAUAACUCUUAAACAAGGAUUACAAGAUUUAACUAUACUGGGAAUUCAAGAUUUUCCUGAAUAUAAAUUAAGUUAUGAAGAAAGAUUAAAUGUAAAAGCUUGUGUUGAUGCAUUAAUGCAGGAAAAAUUACAUGAUUUUCUAUUAAAAUAUGAGGAAUUAGGUGGUAAUGUUAAAGAACUUCAAAAAUUAAACAGUCUCAACACUAAUAACCAAUUAUCAGAAAACACAGAUUUAGAACUAUUAAAAUGGAAAGAUAAAUUUGAUAGUCUUUGUGCGCAUUAUAAAGAUCGUCUAAUACAAAGUACAGAUUUGAUCAACGAAUGGAGAAAAGUAAAAAAUGAAGAUGUCAAUGAAGUUUAUAAUAAAAAGGCACAAAUCUUAUCAUUGCAAUCGCAAAUAGUUGAAGUACAAGCUAAAGUGGCUAAAUUAACUUGUUUAACCAAAAUGUAUACGGAAACGUCCAAAACGAUUGAUUCGUACAAAAUAUUAAAUAAUACUUUAGAUGACAAGAUGUUAGAACUAAGUAAUGAAAUUAAAAGGAAAACUAAUUUGAAGAACCUUUAUCUUGAUUUACAAAAUACAGAAUAUGAUAAUAUAUUAAAGACAUAUUUACACCUAUGUAGCGCUAUUAAAAAGAAAAAACAGAUAAUGGAAAUGCUUUAAGAAAAAAUUUAUAUUUUUAUAUAUAUGUAUUAUUUUGUUUCUACUUAUUUAAGAUUAUAUGUUUUAACAUACUAGCUACCGUGCAACAGAAGAGAGAUUUUAGCUACAACUCAGAACUUAUCUUUCGCAUUGAUUAAAGUCAUAAAUUUUUGACACUGGAUUCUUAAUGGAAAUUAAUGUCACAGACACGUGACACUGGUAGUGAAUAUGUUAAGUUGUAAUUAUUUCUUUGUUUGGAUUGAAUGCUAUAUUUAGAUAACAUUAAAAAAUUUUAUUA